CUGACAUUGGAGCAACUCCAUUUGGAUUGGGAUCCCUCGGCGGUAUUUUAGGUUUAGACAGUAUGGGAAUGGGGUCACCCAAUUUCAUGGAACUUCAACAGCGCAUGCAACGAGAAAUGUUACGCAACCCUAACAUGCUCCAGCAAAUGAUGGAUAAUCCACUUGUUCAACAGUUAAUGAACGAUCCAAGCAACAUGCGUCAGCUCAUCAUGGCUAACCCUCAGAUGCAAGAAUUGAUGGAUCGCAAUCCAGAAAUUAAUCACAUGCUGAAUAAUCCAGAAUUAUUACGGCAAACUAUGGAGUUGGCGCGAAAUCCAGCCAUGUUGCAGGAGUUGAUGCGCUCUCAGGACAGAGCGAUGUCCAACUUAGAAUCCAUUCCAGGUGGUUACAAUGCUCUUCAAAGAAUGUAUAGAGAUAUUCAGGAGCCGAUGUUGAAUGCUGCCAAUGAACAAUUUGGAAGGAAUCCGUUUGCCUCUGUUGGCAGCAAUAAUACCGGGGUUAGUAAUCCACAACAAGGGCAAGAGAACCGAGACCCUCUGCCGAAUCCUUGGGGUAGUACUGGCGGCAGCACUGGAGGAAGUGGUGGAGGCGGCGGUACUGGAACUGAUUCAACUGGAACAAUACCUCCUCUAGACAACUGGUUGGAUAGAGGGGGUGGCCUUUUUAAUUCUGAAACAAUGCAGAGUUUAAUGCAGCAGAUGAUGUCGAAUCCACAAGUAAUGCAGAACAUAAUGAACACUCCUUACUUUCAGUCCACAUUGUCAGCUUUAAGUGCAGAUCCUGACACUGCCAGGAGAGUACUCGCAAAUAAUCCUCUAAUGGCAGGAAAUCCAAACAUACAGAAUCGAUAUCUAGAUGUGCUGCCUAACGUUCUACAACAGUUACAAAACCCAGAAAUUCAAAAUGUGAUCGCAAAUCCAGAGGCUUUGUCUGCUCUUCAGCAACUUCAGAGUGCCUAUGGAAGGCUUAGCACUUCAGCGCCUGGUUUAGUGGAAAGCAUUUUAUCACCUCCAGGCUCAGGAGCCUCGCCAACAACUGGGGAAACAAUUCCAGAAGCAACUGCUCCAAGUGAAAGCUCUAACACUACCUCGACAACUAACAGCAGUACGGCCACCACCGCAACAUCUCCAUCAACGCAAACUACUCCUACAGGCACUAAUCCCAACACGAAUCAACCAAACGACGUGUUUUAUCAGUUUAUGGCUCGCAUGGUGGCUAGUUUGUCAGAACAAGGUGCUAAUACUAACUCUACACAACCUCCAGAAGAAAGGUACCGGUCUCAAUUAGAGCAGUUGACAGCAAUGGGUUUUGUGAAUAGAGAAGCAAAUUUGCAAGCAUUAACGGCAACAUUUGGUGAUGUAAAUGCUGCUGUGGAACGGCUGUUAGAUAUCAGUGGGCGGUUAACGCACAGCUAACAUUCUUUGGCGUGAAUACAAGUGAAGAUCAUGAUUGGUUAUCUAUCACAUGGAUGCACUGCGUACAACAUUUUUUCCCCCUUAAUUUUGUGGUUCCAAUGUCUUUCUAUCCACACUCCAAUUUUAAAAUACCCAUGCUCCUGUCCUGAUCGAUUCAACAUGAUAUGUAUUCCCAUAUAUUAGACCAAUACUUUAUCAGUGUGAUUGAGUAUGAAGAUGUUUUGCUCGCAUGCUUACGUAUUUGAUGUAAUUUCAUGUCAAGGAUACCGUUUCUUUUAAUGUAAUUUUUAUUAUUUUUUAUUGAUUAUUUUUACUUUACUUUUUAUUUGCUUCUUCAACCAAGCAUAGUUUUGUUGUAUCUCAAUGUUUAUUUUUACAGUGGAAAAUUUUCGUUACUCUCCCAGUAGAUGUAAGUUCAUAUUUUGGAGCCUGUAUUGCCCUAGCUUUACCAGGACGAAUUUUCCCGAAAAAGUUACAUUUCACUACAAUUAAUAGCGUCUAUUCAGAGUAUCUCACACCUCUCCGAUCAGUUAGGUGAUUAUAAACAAAAGGUUCAGGGAAAAGUAAAAGUUCAAGGAGGAUUUUUCAUAGCUAGAAAUUAAUAUUAUCAAUGUUAUGUGUUAAAUGUAUGUAUCCAUCAAUACAUCCUUUAUGUUGACGUAUCUGUAUUUAUUUGUAGAACUGUAGUUUUUUUUCUACCCAACAAUCAUAUAUAUUAAUUUUAAUACUUAUAAAUUAUUGCUCCUUGGUUUAAAUAAUUAGAAGUUGACCAGGGUUUCCAGUGGUCUAAAAAAUCUAGGAUUUGGCACUUACCAGGAACGGUCGGGGAAUUUGUAUGAAAAGUAACAAAGUUUCUUUAGUAGUGCAUAGGCUUAGCACCUUCAGCUGUCAGCUCUUGCCAUUCAAAAGACAUUUCUAUCAACUUCUGAGUGCUUUUUACUUAAUUUGAAUCUUCAGAGUGAAAAUUUUGCCCGAUGUUCAGCAUAAGUCAGGAUGAUCAAAAUAUUUUAAAGUGGAAGUAUAGAUCAGGUGGAAUGAGAAGAUUAGGAAAGAUUGAAGUUAGGAAAAAGCUCAAAAAGUCAGUGAGUGUCUCGGAAUUGGACGUCGGGGAAAUCAUGGAAACCCAGGUUACUCGGAUAGUGCUCUCCAAGGGUAUUGUUUUAGUCUAUUUGAACAUUUGCAUCUGAAUUGGGUAUUGUGGUUUUUGACUCAUUUUACUUAUGUGACCUUAUUAGAUUACAGUUUUUAUUGGAUGUAUGUUAUUUUAUUAAUUCUCUUUUAAAUUAAUUUUUCAAUGCAACUUAGUAAGCUUUUCCUUCCUUCUGUCUUAACGGUUCUUAUGCGGUUGACAGAAUUUUUUUUUUUUUUCAAGCCAACUUAAUUUGAGCUAGCAUAUUUAAUGAGAUGCCUAAAAUGGUCAAAUAAUAAUAUGAAUAUACAUUGAAGGAACCUGAAAUUAGAACAUUAGCUCCUGUUUAAUGAAUCUAAAGGGUAAACAGGGAUCCAAUAAAGACAGAGAUCUUAAAAUUGGCAGUGUCCUUGUUAAAGUUACAUCUGUUGAGAUUUAGAGGCCUAGCUAAUAAGGAACGCCUCCAAGCUCAUAACUUUAAAACAAUCAUAGAUUUUGGCAAGAAUUAAACUUAUUCUGAAAGUAGACUUGAUUACCUUUUUAAUGGUUUAUCAAUUUUUAAAAUUAGACAAUUUCUGAUGUUACAACAAUACCGAAAGUUCAACAUGUUCUCUUAAGUUGUUGAAGGAAUAUAUCGUGGAUAACUGAUGAGGGGUAAAUGUCAAAUCUCACACCUGCAGUAGAUAUUGGAUUACCGUAAACUGUAAAUUCAGACAAAUACUGCAAACAUAAAAACGUCAAAAAUCCAGGAUUCGAAGAAGUCGACGACCAAGUUCUACCUACAACUUGACAAAAUCUGACCCCUUCGCAGUUGUCAAACUUCUACUAAAGUGUUCAGCUCAGGUAUGGAGACCAUUCCUUUGCAUCCUCCGCAAAGUCCUAACUCAAUGUUGUGUAAUUUCUGAGUCUUUCCUAUUCUGGGAAAAGACCUUAAAGCCAGUUAUUCCUCAUCAAACGCUGAAGUCGAAGCCACAGUUGCAAAAUCAACCUUGUGCAUUAUUCUUCAAUAGGAUUUGACAGCAUGUUGAACACUGGCGCAAGUGCGUUAAACUCAACGGAGCAUAUUAAAAAUAAGUAAAACCUUGUCUUUGAUACACUACAUAAUGCUGUGUAAUAUGUACCUACUGAUUUUUUCGUACUUCGCUUUUUUCGUUUAUCUCAAAUUCGUCCAAUUUUAGUGAGGCAGAGUCAACUUUUCAUUCGUAGUAUUUUCCUUCAACAUCAAGAAAGUACAUUUCGGACGUCUGGCAACGCUGUAACGUCGAAAAUUGUUCAAUUUUUUAAACCAACAGACCGUUAGGAAAUUAAUUACAAUUACUUUCAGAACAUGUCUAGUUUUCACCAAAAUCUAUAAUUGCUCUCAAUCUAUGAGCUUGGAGGCGUUACUGAUUACCCGGGCCUUGUAUCUAAAUCCGAGGUGAUCUUUUUACAAAUGGUGGUUUAUUUGAAGAAUCCAGUAACUUCGGCUUAAAUUGAUUUUGUUAUGUUGACGAUUCAAUUUUAUUCCCAUCCUGAGGAUCUGUGCCUCAGCCGUUUUUGGCCGGGGAGGGGGAGCUUGUAUGCCUCUUCUAAUAAAUUUUAUCCACUUUUUAAGUACAAGAGUUGUCUAGAAAGUACCUAAGUUUAUGUUUUCAGUAUCUCCUAAAUUAAGAUUGAUAGAUGAAAUUUGUAUAAAGUGUUGAAAAGCCACUACUCUUAGCCUUCUAACGCGCUCAAGAUUUUUAAAUUUGGUUUUACAAAAGUCUAGAAAAGUGGUUUUUUCUUAGUCCACUUCCUCUCUUCACAGGUUCCAAAUUUCAGAGAGCGGCAUCAGCAAAUGAACUGCUGUUUCUAUUGCUUAUGGCAAAUAAGUGAUUUGAAGAUGGGUGUGCAUAAUUUGAAAUGAAAGAAAGAACUUUUAUAAGUCAGGAAAUGGCAGGAUUGACCAUGUGUACUUUGGAAUCAGUUGCAUGUGAACAAAUGGUAACCGAAUUGUCAGUGUAAACUCUCCUUUGCUGACUGAGUCCUUUAUGAGCCUUCUUAUUAUCCUGCUCGCUCUCAAAGAUAUUUCGUCAAAGAUGCAUCAUUUUGAAAAAAAAAUGCAGCAUUUACAACACUUAUACUGUAAAUGAUCCUGGAUUUGAGCAGAUGUGUUCACCUUUCUUGGUGAAAGAACGAAUCAUAGAGCACCAAUCACACACCGAAACCCAAUUCCGCGUUAUAACUCUACGAGUUGACCAUAUGUACCUUAACCUUUCCAUGUAAUGCAAUCCAGACCCAUAAAUUAUCGAAUAAUCCUGCAACUUUCUGGUUAAAAAAUGUGUUUCCUUAUGUCAUACAUGGAAUUCAACCACCUUUAAGUCACUCUCUUGCGAUGAACAAUUGAUGUUGUUUCCUUAUGUCAUACAUGGAAUUCAACCACCUUUAAGUCACUCUCUUGCGAUGAACAAUUGAUGUUGCAACUAACUUGCAUAUUACAUUCCGUGAGAAAGACACUCACAGAGAGGGGACAGAUUCAGAAAAAUCCAUUUUCCUCGAGUUCUAUGAUGCCAAAUUUAAAAAUCUGCAGGUAGCAUGAUAGAAAGCUGAGAGGAGUGGCUUCUCAACGCUAUUUGCAGAUUUUCUCUGUCCGGCUUAAUUUAGGAGAUAUUGAAUUAGUAAAUUUACUUCCUGGACGACCCUUGAAGCAAGAUGAUUCCCUCUGGUUUCAUAAUCUUAUUCUGUGCCUUUAACCAUUAAAUGAGAUUACUAUCCUACAUGCACUUGUAAAACACCUGGAAUGGCAGUUGAAGAAAUGCAUCUUGAAAUUUGCCUCACCCAGCUGCAUCCCAGAAGGAAAUAGAUGAA